AUGUCUAUGCAGACCUUUGAGAGCCAUACUCGUUUCGUCACAGCAUUCCAACCUUUGACACAGGCUCUUCACGUCAGAUCAGCCUCACCAAGCAUGCAUCGACUCACAAGACCGCUCGCUGCAGCGGCACGACACACAUCUCGACCGAGCACAGUACCAACCACCAUUCGAGCCUCACUCGCACAAUACAUCCCACGAGCGAAUCUCGCCACCGCAGUCAUCAACCAGAAACCGGUCGGCCUACCUCUGAACCUCCCAAAAUGGCUAUCAGAGAACUCCCACCUUCUCAAGCCACCCGUCAACAACUACUGCGUCUACAAUGAUCCAAUGACAGUCAUGGUCGUAGGAGGACCCAACGCUCGAACAGACUACCAUAUCAACGAGACACCCGAGUUCUUCUACCAGUACAAGGGACGGAUGCUGCUCAAGACGGUGCAGCAAGUCAAUGGCAAAGAAGAGUUCGUGGACGUCUACAUCAACGAAGGCGAGCUGUUCCUGCUCCCGGCGAAUACUCCACAUAAUCCAGUGAGGUUUGCGGAUACAGUGGGUGUGGUCAUCGAACAGCCACGGCCUGAGUCUAGUCUGGAUCGACUGAGAUGGUAUUGCGACAAUUGUGGUGAUGUUGUCAAUGAGGCGGCGUUCUACUGCACUGAUCUUGGCAGCCAAAUCAAGGAUGCGGUCAACAACUUCAAGGCAGAUGAAGCUGCGCGAAAGUGCAAAUCAUGUGGCACCAUGUGCGACGCUGCACCAAAACCGGAGGCGAUGGAAAGGAUGCGAACUGCACCAUCAUGA